CAGAGUCUUCAGACUUCAGAGUCGCCGAUUACAAUUAGGGUUUCGUUAUUUCUUCCCCUUUCUGGUAACUCGAUCUAUUGUUCAAAUCCCUGGAAAACCAAAAAAGAAUCGGAUUCUGGAGUUUGGAGCUUGAAUAAAUCACGCGACGAUGAAGAACUUUUAUCAAAGAGAUCAACAGGAGAAUGAUACGAGUAACAGCUCCAAAUCGAUGGAGACGAAGAGGAGGAAGAACAUGAAGAGAUUGGGAGGCGGUGGCCUUUCUCUCGAAACUUUUGCAAACUUGAAAUCGAAAAACAGUCGCUAUAACCCUGCUUUGAUCAAAAAGCAGAGAGAGUUCUACAAGAAUGCAAAGUAUGUGAGCAAGUUUAGGAAGUCGGUGAAGCAGCAGAACUUACAUGGAAAUGAUGAGGCUGGAGAGAGUAGUAAGGUAGAUGAUGAUGAUGAUAAGCAGAAAGGUAAAUUUCACAAGAGAAUCGGUUUAGAGGAGGUGUACAAGCAGACACGAGAAGAGAUGGAGAAAGCAAGGAAAGAGAGAGAGGCAGCGAUUCAGGCGAAGAAAGAAGCCAAAGAAGAGGCUGAAGCCCGUAGAAAAGUAGCCAAAGGGAAAAUGAUGAGAAAGACUCGACAUGGCCAGCCUGUAAUGAAAUAUAGAAUUGAGCAUCUUCUUGAAUCGAUCAAGAAAUCUGCUGGAAUCGAUGGAAGCAGAACCGCAUGACCAGCUCACGUAGAUACAGUGCAGAUCAAGAAAAACUUGCUUUCAACUCAUAUACUGAUCUAGUUUUUGCCAAAGAUAUUGUAUUUUGCUUCUUGUGCUGGUUUAAGGUAACAUUUGUAGUUUUUGGCUAGGCUUUGCAAGUAUCAGCACAUUGUGUUUGGGU